UUUGACAACUUGAGGGGAAUUUUUCGCAGACGCUUUUAUUGCUAAUCGAAUUUGUAGAUUUGUUUUAUAAACAUUGAAAGCAUUUGGUAUCAAUGAAUUCGAGUAUUACAAUUGAACGUAAGCGCGUAGAUUGCAACUCGUUGCCAAAAGGUUGGCAAAGAGAGGAAGUUCUUCGCAAGUCUGGUAUAUCAGCUGGCAAAGUCGACGUCUACUAUUACAGCCCGACCGGUAAAAAAAUUGAAAGCAAGCCACAAUUAGCACGAUGUCUGGGUGAUGCCAUUGACAUUGGAGCAUUUGAUUUUCAAAGCGGCAAAUUCGUACGUCAUAUGCCACCACCAUCUAUUUCGCUUUUCCGUUGCAGUAGCACAAGCAAUCAUAGCAGCGGACCUAGUGGCGGUGCAAGUGGAAAUGAUAAUACUUCAAUGCCGCCACCGCCACCACAAUACAGUGGCGGUAACACUUUAUCCCUAUCCGUAUGUUCCUCUCCAAAUUCUUCACAAUCAACUAUUACAAAUGCCAACAUACUACAACCACUAAUGCCAACAACAACAUCUCAUACAUUAAAGCGCAAAUUCAAAGCGCAGUCCCAAUCCCAAUCUCAAAUUCAGAACCAGUCACAGACCCAUCAGUUACAAGGCAUGCCUUCAAAUGUCAUUAGUAGCGGUUGUGCCCCAUCGAGCGCAUGUGGUGCUGCAACUACAUCAGCAGCGAAUUCACGCCAGCAAUUAGAAUUCAGUCGCACACCACGCACAGAUGCCUCUCUGGUGCCACCUAUACGACAGACUGCAUCGAUUUUCAAACAGCCAGUUACUGUAAUUCGAAAUCAUGAGCCUACUAAAGUCCGUAAUGACAACACUAAACAGGCAAGCGGCCAAGAGAAACCAAAGCAAAUGUUUUGGGAGAAAAGAUUGGAAGGUUUACGUGCAUGCCAUCCUUCCGGUGAAGAGUUUGAUGAUAUUGUCCUACCGAAGAGUAUACGCACCAUCGGACCGAAUGUUAAUGAGCAAACAGUGCUACAAUCAUUGGCUACAGCUCUUCAUGUGCUUAAUGUACCAGUAAUGGGUCAAGCAUCCACAAAGACUGAGAUGAAUAAAAAUGCAACAGCAUUUUUGAAUCCUGAACAACCGCUUAUGCAAGCAGUUUUAGUGUCGGAUGACGACAUACGGCGACAAGAGGACCGAGUUAAUGUGGCUAGAAAGAAAUUGCAGGAUGCGCUUAAAGCUUGAAUUAACUGUUCCGAAUAGUAAAUCUUGCUCCCACACAUACAUACAUAAGUAUAAACUAGAAUAGUUUUACUAAGUUAACGAAGUAGAAUUUUAAGCGGUAUCUCGUAAGACGUAUUUAAAUUAUGCGCUGAAGCGUUCAAACUAUGUCUUCGUAUAAUAACAUCAUAUAAAGAACUUUUUACAAAUCUAA